UUCUGCUUGAAUCGCUCAACAAGAACGAGCAAUCGGCCAAUGGCCAGUCCCAAUCCAGGGAGUCCACAAACCCUCAGUUCAAGAAAAUGAGCGGAGACUUCCCAUCGGCCAACGGAGAGGCCGGUGGGGAGGCCCCCAAGGGCUACACUCAGGACCAGGUGGAUGCAGUGAAGAGGGUAAAACAGUGCAAAGAUUACUAUGAAAUUCUGGGAGUAAACAGAGAAGCUUCUGAUGAGGACUUGAAAAAGGCUUACCGGAAACUUGCACUGAAGUUUCACCCAGAUAAGAACCACGCACCAGGGGCUACAGAGGCAUUUAAAGCCAUUGGCAAUGCGUACGCAGUAUUGAGCAACCCAGAGAAGAGGAAGCAAUAUGACCAGUUUGGAGACGAGAAACUCAACCCUGCUCGGCACGGACACAGUCACUCGGACUUCCACCGUGGCUUUGAGGCAGACAUCUCCCCCGAGGACCUCUUCAACAUGUUUUUUGGUGGUGGUUUUCCUUCUAGUAACGUUCAUGUAUACAGCAAUGGCAGGAUGCGAUAUACCUACCAUCAGAGGCAGGACAGACGAGAACAUCAGGGUGACGGUGGCCUUGGGUUGUUUGUCCAGCUGAUGCCUAUCCUCAUCCUCAUCAUUGUGUCUGCUCUCAGCCAGAUGAUGGUCUCCAGCCCACCCUACAGUUUGAGCCAGAGGCCGUCUGUGGGUCACAUACACAGGAGAGUGACAGAGCACUUGAAAGUCGGCUACUACGUAUCUGAGAACUUUGCAGACGAAUACACGGGCGCGAACCUGAAAAACGUUGAAAGGAGCGUGGAGGACGACUAUAUUGCAAACCUUCGAAAUAACUGCUGGAAAGAGAAGCAGCAGAAGGAAGGCUUGUUGUACCGGGCACGCUACUUUGGAGACUCAGAUCUGUACCAGCGAGCACAGAAGAUGGGCACCCCCAGCUGUAGCAGACUGUCAGACGUUCAAGCCUCUCUGCACGGAUAGUC